AUGUACUUCCUUGUGUACGUGGAUGAUCUUUUACUCACUGGUAAUGAUGCUACCACUCUCACUGCAUUUCAGCUGGCCCUCGCUGACAAGUUCUCUCUCAAAGAACUUUGUGAUGUUAAUUAUUUCUUGGGUAUCGAGGUCAUUCCUACGGACACCGGUUAUGUCCUCUCUCAACACAAGUACAUGACUGAUGUCCUCACUCGGUUUCACAUGCUUGAUGCGACUCCGAUCUCCACUCCACUUGCCUCCUCUACUACACUUUCUCUCAGUGGUCCUCUCCUACUGAUGCGACCCGUUACCGCCAGGCCUUAG